GGCGCAGCUGGCGCAGCCCUGCCGCCCGCCGCCGCCCGGUCUCUCACGUCCUGAGCGCCGCGCACCCCUCGGGCUCCAGCAUGAGCGGCGGCGGCGGCGGCGGCUCAUCCGCACCCGGCCGCUUUGCCGACUACUUCGUGAUCUGCGGGCUGGACACGGAGACCGGGCUGGAGCCGGACGAGCUCUCCGCUUUAUGCCAGUAUAUACAGGCCUCUAAAACCCGAGAUGGUGCCAGCCGUUUCAUUUCAAGUGCAACAGAAGGGGAAAACUUUGAGCAGACUCCUUUAAGACGCACAUUUAAAUCCAAAGUUCUUGCUCGCUAUCCUGAGAAUGUUGAAUGGAACCCUUUUGACCAGGAUGCAGUGGGAAUGCUUUGUAUGCCUAAAGGGCUUGCUUUCAAGACACAAGCAGAUUCCAGAGAACCUCAGUUCCACUCUUUUAUUAUUACUCGUGAAGAUGGCUCACGGACAUUUGGAUUUUCUCUCACCUUUUUUGAGGAAGUUACUAGCAAACAGAUCUGCAGUGCAAUGCAGACAUUGUAUCAUAUGCACAAUGCUGAAUAUGACAUUCUUCAUACUCCACCCACAAAUGACAAAGAUAGCUGCAGCAGCACUGGAGACUGCAAUGGCACUUCUGUUUCAAAGCUGCAGCGUUUUAACUCCUAUGACAUCAGCAGAGACACUCUUUAUGUCUCAAAGUGCAUUUGUCUGAUUACUCCAAUGUCUUUUAUGAAAGCUUGUAAGAAAGUAUUAGAACAACUUCACCAAGCAGUGACUUCACCUCAGCCACCACCUUUACCUUUAGAAAGCUACAUCUACAAUAUUCUCUAUGAGGUUCCUCUUCCUCCAGCAGGAAGGUCAUUAAAAUUUUCAGGUGUUUAUGGACCAAUUGUCUGCCAGAGGCCAAGCACCAGCGAACUACCAUUAUUUGAUUUUCCGGUUAAAGAAGUUUUUGAAUUGCUUGGAGUAGAAAAUGUGGUUCAACUUUUUACCUGUGCCCUCUUGGAAUUUCAGAUACUGCUUUAUUCACAGCAUUAUCAGAGACUGAUGACUGUGGCAGAGACCAUCACAGCACUAAUGUUUCCAUUUCAGUGGCAGCAUGUGUAUGUUCCUAUCCUUCCAGCAUCCCUCCUUCAUUUUCUAGACGCUCCAGUCCCUUACCUCAUGGGCUUGCAUUCUAAUGGGCUGGAUGACAGGUCUAAGCUGGAACUUCCUCAAGAGGCUAACCUGUGCUUUGUGGAUGUAGACAACCAUUUCAUUGAGCUGCCGGAAGACUUACCCCAAUUCCCAAACAAACUUGAGUUCAUUCAGGAAAUUUCAGAGAUACUGAUGGCUUUUGGAAUUCCACCUGAGGGAAACCUUCACUGCAGUGAAAGUGCCGCCAAGAUGAAGAGCCUCAGAGCAUGUGACCUGGUUUCUGAUAAAAGGAAUGGGAACAUAGCAGGAUCACCUUUGAAUACCUAUGAGCUGCUAAAGGAAAAUGAGACUAUUGCAAGACUUCAAGCACUUGUUAAAAGAACAGGUGUGAGCCUAGAAAAGUUGGAGGUGCGAGAGGAGACCAGCAGCAAAAAGGAUCUUAAAAUUCAGUGUGAUGAAGAAGAAUUCAAGAUUUACCAGCUGAACAUUCAAAUCCGUGAAGUUUUUGCCAACCGCUUUACACAGAUGUUUGCAGAUUAUGAAGUAUUUGUUAUUCAGCCCAGUCAGGACAAGGAAUCUUGGUUUACAAACAGGGAGCAGAUGCAGAACUUUGAUAAAGCAUCUUUCCUGUCGGACCAACCUGAACCUUACUUGCCUUUCCUCUCAAGAUUCCUGGAGACCCAGAUGUUUGCAUCUUUUAUAGAUAAUAAGAUCAUGUGCCAUGAUGAAGAUGAUAAAGACCCUGUUUUGAGAGUAUUCGAUUCCAGAGUGGAUAAAAUUAGGCUGCUAAAUGUUAGGACACCAACUCUGCGAACAUCUAUGUAUCAAAAGUGCACAACCAUUGAUGAGGCUGAGAAAUCUAUUGAAUUAAGGCUAGCAAAAAUAGAUCACACAGCAGUCCACCCACACUUACUGGACAUGAAAAUUGGACAAGGGAAAUAUGAGCUUGGAUUUUUUCCCAAGCUUCAGUCUGAUGUUUUAUCCAUUGGACCAGCAAGCAACAAGUGGACAAAGAGAAAUGCUCCUGCACAAUGGAGGCGGAAGGACAGACAGAAGCAACACACAGAGCACCUGCGUCUUGACAAUGAUCAGAGAGAGAAGUAUAUCCAAGAAGCCAGGAAUCUGGGCAGCACUAUUCGACAGCCCAAACUGUCUAACCUCUCUCCAUCGGUAAUUGCACAAACAAACUGGAAGUUUGUAGAAGGCUUGUUGAAGGAAUGCCGAAAUAAGACCAAGAGGAUGUUGGUUGAAAAAAUGGGCCGAGAAGCUGUGGAGCUGGGUCAUGGUGAAGUGAAUAUCACAGGUGUGGAAGAGAAUACCCUGAUAGCCAGUCUGUGUGACCUCUUAGAAAGGAUAUGGAGCCACGGCCUGCAGGUCAAACAGGAUAGAAGCUGUACUGCUUUCAUCUUAGAAGACAAAGCAUCAGUAUACUCUGCUUCAGCUCAGAUUUGGGCCUUUCAGACCACCAGACGGCCAACCGUACAUAAGGGAAAGUCUGCUUUGUGGUCUCAUCUGUUACACUACCUAGAAAACAGACAGAGAAAAAUGACAUCAGGCAGCUUCAGUUCCUCAGGAAUACUUCUUGAUUCAGAAAGGAGAAAGUCUGAUACCAGUCCAGCCAUGUCACCUCUUAGAAUCUCUCUUGUCCAGGAUAUGAGGCAUAUUCAGAACAUUAGUGAGAUCAAAACAGAUGUUGGGAAGGCCAGAGCCUGGGUUCGUCUCUCUAUGGAAAAGAAGUUGCUCUCUAGGCACCUAAAACAGCUGCUUUCAGACCAUGAACUCACUAAAAAACUCUACAAGCGUUAUGCAUUCCUCCGCUGUGAUGAUGAGAAAGAACAAUUCUUAUAUCAUCUCCUGUCAUUCAAUGCUGUUGAUUACUUUUGUUUUACCAAUGUUUUCACAACAAUCUUGAUACCAUACCAUAUAUUGAUUGUUCCUAGCAAGAAACUUGGUGGCUCAAUGUUUACAGCCAAUCCUUGGAUCUGUAUCUCCGGAGAACUGGGUGAAACAGGAGUCCUGCAGAUUCCCAGGAAUAUAUUAGAAAUGACUUUUGAGUGCCAGAACCUGGGAAAACUGACCACAGUGCAAAUAGGACAUGAUAAUUCAGGACUGUAUGCCAAGUGGCUAGUGGAAUAUGUUAUGGUCAGAAAUGAAAUAACAGGGCAUACUUACAAGUUUCCCUGUGGAAGAUGGCUUGGAAAAGGAAUGGAUGAUGGCAGCUUAGAGAGGAUCCUGGUGGGAGAGUUGCUGACUUCCCACACUGAGGUUGAUGAGCGGCAGUGCCGAACCCCUCCUUUGCAGCAGUCACCAAGCAUGAUCAGAAGAUUUGUCACUAUAUCGCCAAACAAUAAGCCAAAGUUAAAUACUGGUCAGAUACAAGAAGCUAUUGGUGAAGCUGUAAACGGUAUUGUUAAGCAUUUCCACAAGCCUGAGAAGGAGAGAGGCAGUCUGACAUUGUUGCUGUGUGGAGAAAGUGGACUUGUUUCAGCUCUUGAGCAAGUGUUUCAACAUGGAUUUAAAUCACCAAGACUCUUCAAAAAUGUCUUUAUUUGGGACUUUUUAGAAAAAGCACAAACAUACUAUGAGACCCUUGAGCAGAAUGAGAUGGUUCCAGAAGAGAACUGGCAGACAAGGGCCAGGAAUUUCUGUCGCUUUAUCACUGCUAUCAACAACACCCCUAGAAACAUUGGGAAGGAUGGCAAGUUUCAGAUGCUGGUGUGUCUUGGAGCCAGAGACCACCUUUUGCAUCACUGGAUCGCCCUGCUUGCAGACUGCCCGAUUACAGCACAGAUGUAUGAAGACAUAGCACUGAUAAAGGAUCAUACUCUUGUGAAUUCUUUGAUUCGAGUGCUGCAGACCUUGCAGGAGUUUAACAUUACGCUGGAGGCAUCUCUUGUCAAAGGAAUCGAUAUCUGACCUCUUGUCCCACAGGAACAAACUGUCUUUAAAAACAAACCAAUAAAAAAGCAACAAGGAGUGAAUCUUGAUAGUAUGCAAAAGUUCUGUCUUGCCAGUACAUUGUAUCGUGAACUUGUUCAUGGCCCUAAAAUGCAACUUUGACUUUUCUUGAAGGAAACUCCAAAAAUAGUACAGGCACAUGGAUAGAAGCUGUAAACUCAAUGUAAAAAAGAGGAUUUUGGUAUAAAUCUAUUUUAGAGUUUAUUUGCUGAUUUGCUUUUUACACACUUUCAUGUGAAAGAGAUAGAGAUGAGUAUUGUGCAGCUUAUUUUAAAGCUGCAGUAUUUCCUUGCCAUAGAAAAUGUGCAGUGAGCCUUUCAGCAUUCUGUGAACUUGCCUUCAGAUAUGCUGUAUGUCAUAGAUCCCAAUGUAUACACUCCAUUUCUGCUGAGAAGGUCAUUCUAUAGUUUUUAAAUUAAUAUUUUAUAUAUUAACAUUAUUACCAAUGUUUGAUUUUUAACAUACUGGGUCAUGUUCUGCUGCAAGGGAACUACAAAUCUGAUGUGUGCUUUUUUAAUAGCUCCAAAGCACUGAUUUGUCAACAGAUAAUUUUGUUUUCAUUUAUUUUUGUUGUCAGUAUUAUUUUUAGUGAAAUCCAGGAGACUGAACCGUGAAAGGUGCAGAGAUCAAAGUAAUAUUUUUCAUAUUGGUACGUAAUUGCACAGAUGAAAUUAAGUGUGUUUUUUAAUUGUUUUUUAUUUAUUUAACCUAUCAUGGUGUUUUGUAAGUUUCUCUUUAAAAAACCCAAGCAACUUCUAUGAUACAACUAGCUGUAUUCUGUUACAAUUCUGGAUUUACAGUGCAGCCCAUUUAAAUGAAAAACCUGGAAUAAUUGUUCAUAUACACAAAUGUUUCCACUUGAACCAGCCUUUUGAAGUUUGGUAUAUAGUUGCUGCUGGUAAUUCUCUUAACUGCUAAUAAAAAGGGACAUAAGUUCCCCAAAUGCCAGAUGAUUAACUUAAUGUUUAUUCCCCUGUGAAAUAAUAAUGGUAUACCUUACUAACAGAUACAAUGAUAUCUUCUUUUUUCUGAAAAGAUGGUGAGUGGUAAGGUUUUUUCUUUUCCUUUUCAAUGAGUAUGUCUUGGGUCCUGUUGUCAUAGUCUUCAUUUGGGAUGCUUUUGUUUUUAGCAGAGAAAGCUUUAGUCCACUUCUACAAUAAAGCACAAACAUUCUGAAAGCUUAAUUUAUUGGAGAUCUGGAACUUGGCAAAUGCCUAAAGGCAUCUCUGUUCAUUUGGAUCCUCUGAUAAAAAUCUCUUUGAAAUGAGUAUGUGACUUAAGAACAGGCUGAUUUGUCAGCAUCGCAAAUUACUGUACAGAAAUUCAGGGCUAUGUAUUUAAGAGGUCUCCACUGUAUAAACUUAUCUCAGUAUUGUCUCUGUUUUGAGAAGCAAAAUUCAAGUGUUUUAGCUCAUACAAUGUUGUAGCACCUUUUCUUUACCUGCAUCUUAGUCACAUCUUGUGAUAGUUUUAUUUCCAUAAUUUAUGAGUAUAGAACAUGUAUUAAAUUUUUGGCUAUUUUUACUUUUGUCUUAUUUAUUUCAUUAUUAAACUAAGAAGUUCCUUUGUCACUA